GAACGGACCGGUUCAACCAGCAUCCUUAGAAGCAUUGACUUGUUUAUUUCUGAGUGCGAGUAUCAGCAGAAGGACGCACAUUUGAUUCAAAACUCUGUUUUUCCUUGAAAAAUAGUAGGUCCAUACCAUUACAUUCAUAUAUUUGAUUCGUUGCUCGUCUUUCUGACUUUCUUCCUCAUUGCUUUCAAAGCAUUGACGCUUGCAUGAUCAGAUUGUUCACCAGCAGAGCACUGCGGCCCUCUAAUAUUUCUGCUGUGUACCGAAAGAUCAACCCUUUUGUCUGCUCUUCAUCAUGUGGGUUAUCAGCACAAGCAGCAGCAAUCCAGACCCAGCAAAACCCGAGUUUCAUAAACGAGCCAUGCUCGCAUUUCGAUUCUUACAAGUAUGGUUCCUUGCUUCAACUUUGUAUCCAAAACGAUGACCCCAUUUCAGCAAUGGGUCUUCACUGCAAGAUCCGAAAGAGCGGUAAUUGCUUAGACUUGUUUGCUACAAACAUUCUCUUGAAUGUGUAUGUAAAAGCUAAAUUAUUGUCCCAGGCUGAACUUCUGUUCGAUGAAAUGCCUGAGAGAAACACGAUUUCGUUCGUUACUCUAGUUCAAGGCUAUGCACAGUGUUUGCAGUUCUGAAGCCUUGGGGUGUUUUCUAGGCUGCAUAGGGAAGGUCAUGAGCUUAACCCAUUUGUUUUUACUUCCAUUUUGAAGGUGCUUGUCAGUAUGGAAUGCUCUGAGUUAGCUUGGAACUUGCAUGCUUGCAUUUAUAAGCUUGGCCAUGAGUCUAAUGCCUUCGUUGGAACUGCUUUAAUCGAUGCAUAUUGUUGUGGGUGUGUUCACUUCGCGAGAGAAGUUUUUGACGGGAUUAGAUGCAAGGAUAUGGUUACUUGGACAGGAAUGGUAGCAUGUUAUGCAGAGAACGACUAUUUUCGAGAGGCAUUAGAGGCUUUUUCACAAAUGAGAUUGGUCGGUUUUAAGCCAAACAAUUUUACUUUUGCUGGCGUUUUUAAGGCUUGUAUUGGACUUGAAGCAUUUGAUACAGCGAGAGGCGUUCAUGGGUGUGUUCUAAAAACUCGUUAUGAGCAUGAUAUUUAUGUAGGGGUUGCAUUGCUUGAAUUAUAUACCAAAUGUGGGAACAUCGACUAUGUUCAACGGGUUUUUGAGGAGAUACCUAAAACAGAUGUUAUUCCAUGGAGUUUCAUGAUUUCACGGUAUGCACAGAGUGAUCAGAGUGAAAAGGCUGUUAAUCUGUUUUGCCAAAUGAGGCAAUCUUGUGUGGUUCCUAAUCAAUACACAUUUGCUAGUACACUUCAAGCGUGUGCAACUUUGGGGGAUCUAGAUUUAGGAAAGCAAAUGCACAGCCUUGUGCUUAAGGUUUGUCUUAAUGCAGAUGUGUUCGUAUCAAAUGCCCUUAUGGAUGUCUAUGCUAAGUGCGGAAGGAUUGAGGAUUCGAUGGAGCUGUUUGAGAAAUCACCGAAUAGGAAUGAUGUAUCUUGGAACACCUUGAUAGUUGGUUAUGUUAACUGCGGGGACGCUGAGAAGGCAUUGGGCUUGUUUAUGGAGAUGCUUGACAAUCGAGCACAGGCAACUGAAGUAACAUAUUCCAGCAUCCUCUGUGCUUCCGCCAGUUUGACGGAAUUGGAGCUAGGAACCCAAAUUCACUCCUUAACUGUCAAAACAAAUUACGCUGAAAAUACUAUAGUUCAUAAUGCAUUGAUUGACAUGUAUUCCAAGUGUGGAAGGAUAAAAGACGCUCGAUCGGUAUUUGAUAAGAUGAAUGAACGAGAUGAAGUUUCAUGGAACACUAUGAUCUCAGGGUAUUCUAUGCAUGGGCUUGGUAUGGAAGCUUUAAAAAUAUUUCAGGUGAUGAAGGACAGAGGGUAUAAACCAAACACUUUGACCUUUGUUGGCGUGCUAUCAGCCUGUAGCAACUCAGGACUACUCGAUCAAGGACAAGCUUACUUUUCAUCUAUGUUGCAGGAGUAUGGCAUAGAGCCAUGCAUUGAGCAUUAUUCUUGCAUGGUCUGGCUUUUGGGGAGAUCAGGUCAUCUUGACAAGGCAUUGAAGUUGAUCCAGGAAAUCCCAUUUAAGCCUAGUGUUAUGGUCUGGCGUGCCUUGCUUGGAGCUUGUGUUAUUCAUAAUAAUGUUGAGCUUGGAAGAAUAUCCGCACAGCGCAUUCUUGAGUUGGAACCCCAAGAUGAUGCAACCCAUGUGCUACUGUCGAAUAUGUAUGCAACUGCAAGAAAGUGGGACAAUGUCGCUGCCAUUAGGCAAAACAUGAGAGAGAAAGGAAUGAAGAAGGAACCGGGUUUAAGUUGGAUCGAGAACCAGGGAAGUGUGCAUUAUUUCAGUGUGGGAGACACUUCGCAUCCCGAUACUAAGGUGAUUAAUGGGAUAUUGGAAUGGUUGAACUUGAGGACGAGGAGAGCAGGGUUUGUCCCUAAUCGUAAUGCCGUUUUGCUUGACGUAGAGCAUAAAGAAAAGGAGCGACUCUUGUGGGUACACAGUGAAAGGUUAGCUCUUGCGUAUGCACUAUUUCGGACGUCACCCGGAAGGCAAAUCCGUAUAAUUAAGAACCUCCGAAUAUGUGUGGAUUGCCAUGCUGCAAUGAAAUUAAUAUCAAAGAUCGUGCAGCGAGAUAUUAUCAUCAGAGAUAUGAACCGGUUCCAUGACUUCCAUGAUGGAGUUUGCUCCUGUGGUGAUUACUGGUAAUUCAUUCAUCUGCCGCUACAGGGUGAUUAUCUUUCGGAUCCUAUCCCCCCUGGUAUUGUAAGCAUCUUCUCUCUAAAUGUUUUUGCAAAAUGUUUGACAGUUUUGUUAGUUUAGUAAC